AUGACCGAGGAAAUCACCUACGCUGACCUAAGGUUUCAUCAUGAAACAGGGCACACGUUAAACACAUUAAAACCAGAGAACAAGGACUCCGAAGUCAUUCAGGUCUAUCAGGAACAAGAAGACACCCUGGCUAAAAAUGAAAACUUGACAAAUGCCUUAAAGAACAUCAAAAAUAGCCUUUGUUUAACAAGCAAAGAUUCACAAAAUGCGUCCUGCAUGCUCUGCCCGGUAAACUGGCUUUAUAUAAAUGGAACCUGCUAUUAUCUCUCAGAUGAGGAAUUAUCAUGGGGACCGUCAAGACGAUUUUGUGCGCAUCGCAAUUCGACGCUAUUGGUGAUAAACCGCAAGGAAGAGAUGGAAGAUCUCUCGAAUCUCUUUAAGAAACAUUCUCUUGAUUAUGUUUGGAUUGGACUGGAAUUUAAAGGUGGAGAGAAAUGGACAUGGAUAGAUAAUACCGUAGACACUAUCUUUAAUUUACGUGAAAGCAGAACGUCCAAGUGCGCUCAACUAUACAGACUGAAUACUCCUUAUCCGGAAAACUGCGAUCAACAAUUUUUAUUCAUCUGUGAAAAGAAAGCUUUGGAUAUGUUAAUGUUUAUCUAG